AUGAUGAUUCAGAAUCUCCUCUAAUUGUUAUAACAAUAAGAAGGUCCAUUUUCUUAGGAAUUAAAUUAAUAUGAAGAUGGAAGAAGAGUAAUUUUUCUAUUUACAUGUAGAGGAUAGAAAAAUCACUAAAAGAGAAAGGAGGGAUGGAGUACUAUUUGAUAUCUAAGAAAUUCAUAAAAGAAUGGAAAUAUUACGUAGAUUAUGAUGAGGAGAUGGAUGAGUUUUAAAAGGAAACUCGAUAGAAAGUUUUGAAUUUAAAUAUGAAUAGCCUAAUAAAAUCAAUUCUGAUUUAAUAUAAGAAGCGAAGAUAUUUAAAUACAUUCCAGAAGAUCAUAUAUAUAAUUCUACUAUACGUUAUUUAGAAAAUGAAUGGGAUUAUGAAUAUGUAAUUAUGUAAUAGAAAAUUUAGGUUAUGAAAGAUGUUUAUGAGAAUUUUAAAACAAAUUAUUAAUCAAUUGAGCCUUAAAUAAGAGUAGGAUUUUAUAAUGAAAAUCUUAAAAAAAAAUAAAUAUUUCCUAACUUAGCAAGAGUAUCAAUUAUUUUAUUUUAAGUUUACUUUAAUUUAUUGGUCUCCUAUAGAUAAUAAAUUAUAAAUAGUAAAGGCUUAAGUAGAUCAUAAUUCUGAGAUUAAGGCAUGGACAAAUUUAUUAAGAGAUACAUUUUAAGAAAUGUUUAAACCAAGAUAAAUAAAAAAUGUUCGAAUUUGGAGUCCAAGACAUAAAACAUUUAAAGCAGAUUUAUUAAUAUAAUAAAUAUAAAAAACAAAAUAAGUUGAUGGAGAUAUAUUAAGUGAUAAUAUGAUGGUUUUUUAAAUAUAGAGUUAAAGAGACAAUUGUUUAAUUGUAGAUUUUGAAAUGAAUGAUUGGUAAUUAUCAAAAUUUGAAAAAACAAUGGAAUAUGAUUAUAAACUUUUAAUAGAAAAAGCAUUAUAAGGAUGUGGUAAGAAAUUUUGUGAGUUUCCAUAAUGUAAAUAAAAUAAUGGAUAUUUUGAAUUAGGAUUAGGUGAAGAAGAUAUUUAAGGAAUAUGUUAAGUAUUAAUUGAAAAUGAAGAAGUUAAAUGGGAAUUAAUAUGCUCAAAAGAAAAAACAAUUACUGAUAAUUUUUAACCAUUUUAUUAAAAAGAAGUAAAUAAGGAUCUAGUAUAAGAACUAUUGAAAAUUUCAAAUUCUUUGGAAUUAUUUGGAAUCUCAUUUGUUGAAAAUUUCAAUAAAACUUAAGGGAUUUAUAAAGUAGAUUUAGAAAAUCCAGAAGUAAAUUUUAAAUUGAUUCAAGAUACUGCAAAUUUAUUGAAUUAAUAGAAAGAAAACUUAAUAUAAAUAAUAAAGAAUUUAUUUUAAAAAAAAGUAUUAGAUAUUGAAUAACUAACAAAUUUAAAUUAACUUAGAGCACUUUAUUUAAUUCUUUAAUUUAGAAACUGUUUGAAUGUUAUUUUAGAAGAGAAAACAUAAAUAGUAUUGACAAUAAUAAGAAGAUUAAAUUAAUAGUAAUUAACAUAAUUAUCAAAAUGGUUUAGAAAACUUGAUAAAUCUGAACUAAAAUAAUUGUAAUAAAUAAUAAAGAAUUAAAUUGAAUAAUAAAUAAAUAUAUAAGGAAAUGCACCAAUUAGACCACUUUUAGAAAUUGAUGAUAUUUAAAGAAUGAAAGGAUUAUUUGAACUUUAUAGUGUUAUUUAUAAGUCUAAUUUAAGGAAUCCUAGAAUAUAAGCAAGUGAAUUUAUCAUAAAUUCUAUAUAAUAUUUUUAUAAAAUGGAUGCAGAUAGAGAAGAAUUCACUUAAUUCUAAAUGUUUAAUUAAAAAAUUUGGAGAAAUUAUUCAUUUACUUUUUGUUAAUACCCUUGGGCAAUGCCAAUAGAAUUUAAAUAUAAAUUACUUUAUAUUGAAUGCAAAGUAAAAUAAUAUGAUUAGAGAAGAAGAACAUUUGGAUUUCUACCUUAAUAUGUCUCUUUAACAGUUGAAAGAGAUAAUAUAAUAGAAUCUGCUAUUAAAUAACUACAGUAAACUUCAGUAUCUUUGAAGAAUCCUUUAAAGGUUCAAUUUGUUAAUGAAUAAGGAGUGGAUGAAGGAGGACCUAAAAGAGAAUUCUUUAGAUUGAUAAUGGAGAAGUUAGUCACUCCUGAUUAUGGUAUGUUUAUUCCUAAAAAUAAUGAUACUGUAUUUUGGUUUAAUCCAUAAUCUUUUGAAAUGCCUAUAUAUUAUUCUUUGAUUGGUAAAUUAUUAGGAUUAUCACUUUAUAAUUCUGUAUUAUUAGAUGUUAGAUUCCCUACAGUUUUAUUUAAGAAAUUAAGAGGAGAGAAAGUGAAGGAAGAAGAUAUGAAAGAAUUAGAUAUGGAAACUUAUACUGGAUUUCAAUUUCUAAGAGAAUAAACUGAUCCAAAAAUUAUUGAGAGUCUAUCUCUCACUUUUAAUGCUACAUAUAAAGUUUGGGAUGAAAACUAUUAUGAAGAUUUAAAGGUAUCAUAAACAUAAAUUUAAUGUAGCCUAAUGGAUUUUAAAUUGAUGUUACCAUUGAAAAUAGAGAGGAAUAUAUUCGUUUGUAUACAGAUUGGUAUUUAAAUAAAUUAGUUUAAAAAUAAUUUGAAUUAAUGAGGGAUGGAUUUAAAACUGUUGUUGAUGGUGAUGGUAUAAAAGUAAAAAUUUAAAUUAAUUAUUUAAAAUAGUUAUUUUCUGGUGAGGAAUUGCAAUAAUUAAUUAUUGGAUUGCCAACUUUUGAUAUGAAAGAUUUAGAGACAUCUACAAAAUAUGAUGGAUAUGAAAAUAAUUCAGAAUAUAUUAAGUAUUAUAAAUAAACUAAAUAGAUAUUUUUGGAAUUUAAUACACUCCUUAAAUGUAGAAAUGCAAAAAAGAUUUUUAUUCUUUUGCACAGGAUCUGAUAGAAUCCCUGUAGGAGGACUUAAAUCAAUGAAGUUUGUUAUUUAAAAACAUGGAGAAGGUAUUUAUUUUAUAUAUAUUUAUUUAGAUACUGAAUAAUUACCAUCAGCUCAUACUUGUUUCAAUGUUCUAUUGUUACCAUAAUAUAAAAAUAAAGAAACCUUAAAAGAAAAGUUAAAAAUAUCUCUAGAUAAUGCAGAAGGAUUCGGAUUGAUGUGA